AUGGUUAUUGCAUCUUUGGAGUCUACUCAUGCUAUCUCUACUUCCAUUGUGUUAUCCUCAGAUCUAUGGACCGAAUUUUAUGGUACUGAAUCGGUUUCUAGCGCUAGCCCGAAUUAUGUGAAGCUGACGCUUCCAUCGUAUAACAAAUGGCACCAUCAGGCGCUGAUUUCACAUUGUGAUAAUGACGAUUCGCUACCAUUUGGAUCAGCUGGUCUACCAACAAACUUCAUAAAACAAUCUCAGGUCAGACCUAUGUUCAGUUCAAUUGAGAUUGAACCUUAUGUGCAGCAAUUACCUAACUUGGACAACCUAGUGUUAUCAUUGAACCCUGACCUUUUCAAUGAAUUAAAUCAAUUAUCAAAAGAAGAGCAACGGAAAUUUUUAACUUUGAGGUUUAACUUAUUGUUUGGCAUUACUGUUUUAAAUGUCAAUCAGGUCGUGUAUCCGGCAUUUUGUAAAGUGACUUCAAGUUCGAAUGAUUUCGGUAUACUUACGGACCAGACACAAAUAGUAUUGGUGCCUGAUUCAAAUGUUGUAGAACAAUCGCGGUCUAAUGAUGAGUUCACGGAGUUCGAUCAUUUGUUUUCUUUGCAUGUAAAAAUCCAAUCAUUGUUGGAUCCGGUACCUGUAGAAUUUUUGUCACCUCCACAACCUGAUACAACUGACAACGACCUUUUCGCAUUUGUCCAACCAAAUAUUCUUCUUCAGUUGGGUGUCCCAAGCGGAACAUUUGUCAGAGUGAUUGCUGAAGAGCAGGAAAUGUUGGUUCAACUUUUCGUCUUAUUCGCUCCCAACGAAUAUGAAUGUGAUUCAUUAUAUGUCUCCCCCAGGGUAAGGUACGUAUUCAUGAACCAUGCCAGAGUAAUCAUACAGAGGCCUAAUCUAGCAUUGAAUAGAUUUUCAGUUUCAAAUGCUGUGACAUUAUCUAGAAUCGGCUGCCAAAUUAAUGCCCAGAGACGCUACCAAGAUAUUAUUUCCCAUCAUUUAGCAUUAUAUUUUAGUGAAAAACAGCGCAUUGUUAAAGUAGGUGACUUAAUACCUAUUACUUUCGACUCCAAUUAUGCAUCGAUGUUUACCGAUGAUAUUCGUUCUGGCCAGCAUGACACCUUAGUUUGGUUCAAAGUGGAAGAGAUUGAAAGUGACUCAAAUGAAGAGUAUCAUAUAAUAGACAGCUCUAUCACAAGACUUAGUACUGUCAAAAUUACUUCAAGAGAAUUGAUGCCCAAAUCAAUCUGUGAUUACGACAGAUUUUAUAAUCUUUCGCCGUUAUUCCAUUACGACGAGGAUGCAUUUCCCUUUGCCAAAAGGUUAAAGGAUAUUUUAAAUACGGCAAUCAAAUGUUCUGCAAGGAAUGUUAACGUUGGUACAAGUAUAAUGCUGCAUUCUUCAUCUCCAAAUGUCGGUAAAACAAUGUUAACACGCUCUGUUUGUGCUGAACUUGGGUUUCAUUUGAUUCAUGUAGACUGCUUAAGUUUAACCUCCAACUCGAAUACCUCCGACGCUACCAAUAAAACUAUCGGAUAUAUUAGAGCUAAGAUCGAGACUAUUAUAUCAUAUGUUGAGAAAGUAGUCAUUUUUUUAUCUCACUUGGAGACCAUACUGGAGGAUGAACAAAAUCAACAGGAUAAUACAAGCUCCAAAAUGGCUCGUCAAAUGAAUGUCGAAAUGGCAGACUUAAUAGAAGAAUACACCACAAAAUAUAAAGGAACAGUUUUCGUGGGGUCUACCAAUGACAUUGACAACAUACCUGCUAUAGUUAGGUCCAGAAUAAAAUUUGAAAUUGAUGUACCAGUGCCAACUGAAAAGCAAAGGUUACAAAUGUUUCGAUGGUAUUUUGACCCGUAUGUUUUGAACAGCCAAACUCCAAAACUGAGGUCACUAAUAUCGCAUAAUGUUCCAUUGCAGACAGUAUCUGUUCAAUCGGCUGGUUUGACUCCAAUGGAUAUACGAUCAAUCGUCAAAGCUGUCAAGUACAAAUGUUACCAACGUCUAAAGCAGAACGACCUUCUAAUUGAUAUGACCGAUAUAACUGCAGUCAUAAAUAUUGCAAGAGAUAGAUUCUCAGACUCUAUCGGAGCUCCUAAAAUUCCUAACGUGACUUGGGAUGAUAUUGGUGGGAUGGAUGUGGUCAAAGGAGAAAUCAUGGAUACCAUAGAUAUGCCACUCAAGCACCCUGAACUAUUUUCAUCUGGUAUGAAAAAGAGAAGUGGUAUUCUUUUCUAUGGACCUCCUGGGACUGGUAAAACCUUGUUAGCGAAGGCAAUUGCGUCUAACUUCUCUUUAAAUUUUUUCAGUGUUAAAGGGCCUGAACUUCUUAACAUGUACAUUGGUGAAUCCGAGGCAAAUGUUAGACGUGUCUUCCAGAAAGCAAGAGAUGCUAAGCCAUGUGUCAUUUUUUUCGAUGAACUUGAUUCCGUGGCACCAAAGAGAGGAAAUCAGGGAGAUUCUGGGGGUGUUAUGGAUCGUAUUGUGUCUCAACUUUUGGCAGAACUAGACGGAAUGAGUUCAGGAGGAGACGGAGUGUUCGUAAUUGGAGCUACGAAUAGGCCAGAUCUUCUUGAUGAAGCAUUAUUACGUCCCGGUAGGUUUGACAAGAUGUUAUAUUUGGGGAUAUCAGAUACCGAUAAAAAACAGGCAAAUAUCAUCAAGGCUUUGACGAGAAAGUUCACACUAGAAUCUGGUAUCGAUAUACUAGAUAUUGCCAAAAAAUGUCCGUUCAACUAUACAGGUGCAGAUUUCUACGCAUUGUGUUCUGAUGCCCUUUUAAACGCUAUGACUAGAGUUGCUGGUGAAGUUGAUGAAAAGUGGGAGAAGUAUAACAUGGAAAAUAAAAAGAAUAUAUCAUUGAGGUAUUGGUUUGAUAACGUGGCAAACGAGAAUGACUUGAAGGUCGUGGUAAAAUUACAAGACUUCGAGCUUGCUCAACAGAAUCUAAUACCAAGUGUUUCUGAGGAUGAAUUAAGACAUUACUUGAGAUUAAAGAGUAGUUUCGAAUCUCAAUGA